AUGACUCCUAAACCGCUUGACUUAGAAGAGGUCCACAUAGACAGCAUGGAAUAUCCUGUGAAGUUGAAGGCUUACAAGUCAAAUUCGUUGCCGGAGGGUAGACAUCCUUAUCGUCGCGAGAGUAAAAUUCUGAGGCUCAAAAACUCGGUCAAAAAUGGCUUCCAAGGAAGCUUGAGAAGGUGAGC